AUGGGCCCAGAACAGACUACCACCAUGAAAAAAACAUCUGCAGCUGUGCUCAUCCAAGCAUGGUGGCGCGGCACAGUGCUGCGCCGCUCGCUGCUGCAUGCCGCUCUCAACGCGUGGAUCAUUCAGUCCUGGUGGAGAAAGAUACUGGCGACGAUGCAGGAGGAGAGACGGCGGGCGGCUCUGGAGUUGUAUGCUCAAAACACAUGGGCAGCUGUCAAGUUACAGUCCUGGUUCCGAAUGUGGCGCGUUCGCCAACGAUACUGUCGUCUGCUCAAUGCUGUUCGCAUCAUCCAGGUUUACUGGCGUUGGCACAGUUGUCACACUCGUGGCUUUAUCCAGGGCGACUACGAAAUCAAAGAAAACAAACUGAAUAUUGAACUUGAAAUUUCCCUGGGCUCACAGGCUUGCAAGGUGCAGCAGUGCAUAACCCUACCAAUAAAAGAGUGA